CGACAUGCCCAUAACUCCCCAUAUCACAAGCGUCUGUUUAACUUUGACCCGGUAUUUAGAAGAAGGCCGGUGUUAGUACUCGAGUUUAUUUUCGGUUCUGAAGCAGGGAACUAGUGGUAAUCUACGAUAUGUACCAGGAACACUCGACUAACGUGCCCGUCGGCGCUCGAUUUGACCUCUACGUGAAGGCCGCGAGUGAUGGGGAGAGUCUGGGGGACUGUCCGUUUUGUCAUUACGUACAAAUGUAUGCCAAAUCCUUGGGAAUCACCGAUGACCAAUUCAGGAUACAUUUCGUUGACACUACAAGCAAGCCAGAAUCAUUUAUGAAACUCAACGAAAAAGGUACCGUACCAGUUUUGGUGGACAACCAAACCAAGCGGACAUUCACCGAGUCGGCUGACAUAGCGAAGCAUUUUCAGGAGCAGUUCCCUGGCAGCGACCCCCUGGCAGGAUACAGUGGUCCGGACAAGGCUUUCUUUGGGGUCGUUCUUGCAAAGCUCGGCAAAUUGUUGAAGAACAAGGAGGAACAUCACGAUUCUGAAAAAUGCAAGUCAGAGCUUUAUGGGCAACUCAAAACAAUCAACGACUACCUUGAACAGUCUAAAGCUGACCGGAAAGGUAAAUAUCUUGCCGGCGAACACGUGAGUGAGUUGGACUGUGUGUUCAUGCCAAGGCUUCGGCAUGUAGUGGUGGCGGGUGGGCAUUAUGAAGGCCUCAGUAUCGAGGAGUUUCCGGCUUUAAAGGAGUAUUUGGAUAAUGCUUUGUCCUGUAAUGAAUUCACGUCCACCUGCUGUGUAGAGGGCGAGAUCGUCAAGGGCUGGGAACGUCACCGGAAAUGACAUGUGUUUACAAAUGGGGUCGUAACCGGAAGUAAAAAUGUUUUUUUUUUUUUAACAAUUAAAUGAACUGGGGACGCCAUUCCGAGAAGAACUGUUGUGUUAUCGAUCAGUCAGACGACCUGGAAACGUCACCGGAAGAAGAAAUGUUGUGUUAACGAUUGGUCAGAUAAACUGGACAUGUCACCGGAAGUAGAUAUGUUGUGUUAACGAUUGGUCAGAUGAACUGGACAUGUCACCGGAAGUAGAAUUAUUGUGUUAACGAUUGGUCAGAUGAAUCGGACAUGUCACCGGAAGCAGAUAUAUGAUUCAAGUUUUUUGUCAUCUCGAAUCCUUCGACGUUUUGACAACAAAGUAACAAUAUAUACGAAAAUGAACUUUUUACAUUGCAUCAUACAAGACAUCACAACACAAAAUUGCACGACACCAAAACAAAUACAUACGAUACGUGCGAUUGAAGACUACCUGCUAGACCCCCUAAUGCAGUGACGCGUCUUAAUGUAGAAAACUGAGCAGACAAAUCAUUCUGCAAUGGUCCCAAAUUAGUCGCCCCAUACAAUCAUGCAGACCUUUCGCAUAACCUGCAUGUGUUCGCAAAUGUGGUACCUAUUUUCAUAUUUGAAUUAUAUGCAUUUAGAAGGAAUCGUUUACAUCAACAUUUCAACUAAUCGCAUUUAUUCGCUUCUUUUAUUAGUGUUUUUAACAUUGAAUGUUUAAUAAACAUUCCUGUAAAAAGUUUAAAACAUGACACGCAAGUUUCAAUAACAUGAACAAACAAACUUGAGAUGUAACUGGAAGUUGAACUGUAAUAUAAACAAUUGGACAAAGACAAUAGAGAUUUAGUUCAUUUUCUCCGAAAAAAAAUUAAUUCUUCAGUGUAACAUUAUCUUGUAUUUACCAUUAUGGCAUCAAUGUUUCUCAUAGCAAUUGAACAUUAAAGGAACUAAACAAGGAA